AUGUCCCAUCGACCGUGGAGCCCUGUCCAAUCAGACAUCGUCCCCGCACCCCAACUCGUUCGGAACAUGGUCGAUGAACUAGUGGUACAAUGCCCGAACGCUCCUCUGGGCUGCACACACACCUCGCAGCGUUACCUAAUCUCCGCCCAUGCAUGCACCUACACUCCAGUCGCCUGCGCCUGUCCCGAAUGCCCCAACUCGGUGCUCGAGCAUGACCAAGACGCACACACGCCAAACACAGACACAUGCACCCGCAAACUGGCUCGCUGCUCCGAGUGCGGCCUUCUCGCCCCUGCCGUCCCUGAGCAUCCAGACCGCUGCCCAGCCCGACCGCACCCAUGUUCCUAUUGCCAAACAACGGUUCCGCACAACCGAUUAGCGGCCCAUGCCGCCGCCGAUUGCCCUGCUGCGCCCGUUCCCUGUCCCUUGAGCGUAUACGGAUGUACCCACACGGGCCCCACCAAGGACAUCCCCACCCACCUGUCCGAAGAAUGCCCGUUUGAAAAGUUAAAGCCCUUUUUGGCCAUCACCCAGUCCAGAAUCGCCUCGCUCGAACACACAGUCUCCGAGCUCAAACUCCAACUCGACGCGACCAAAAACUCCCUCGGUCCAUGGUUCAGACCCGCCGGCGCACCUCCCUCGACCGAACCCGAGCCCCCGCGCUUCGAGUUUAGACCGCUCGUGGGCCGGAGACGAGUCUCGAGUCCGCUCCACACUUCCAUGUUCCAUUUCGACGACUCGGACGGCGCUUUAUCUGGCACAGCGGCCGCAAACGCUGGGAACCGACGAAGGGCCGGGAGCGGUUCGUCCGCUCUCCGUCAAGCCAUCUCAGGCUCGACUGAACCCGACCCAGCGCCCACGCCCGACCUCACCUUGGACCCGUUUUCGCACAUCCUUCCGCCCUCGCCUACCAAUUCCUCAGCCCGCAUAGAAGCAGUUCCGUACAUCCCCCCGCUAAACACCAACUCGUCCCUCGAGCACACCCUCUCCACCCUCAGGAACGGUUUGGUCUCUCUCGCCGCGUCUCUGGACAUGGCGGAACGGAGGCAGGAAGUGGCCGUUACCACCGAAAGCCUUAGGAUGCACGAAGAAGUCGGGAUCUCUGCCCUCGUCAUGGAGCGAAACGUGGCCAUGAUGGGGCGUAUGAGGACCAGCACGGCCGGCUCUAGUACCACCACGACCGAACGUGCCAGUUCCAAUACUCCCGAACGGAAUGAAGGCGAACGCUGGGCGACCGAAACUAGGUACUACAACCAGCACCCACCCCCGCCUGUUAAUCUUGCCGUGCCAUACAGUAUACGCAGGCAAGAGACCAAUAACAAGCUCUAG